AUGGAUGUGCAGUUGUCCAUCAUCCAUCAUGGGGCAUGGGUGGCCCAGUGUCCUGAGUCUCCCCUACACAGUCUCCCCUACACAGUCUCCCCUACACAGUCUCCCCUACACAGACUCCCCUACACAGUCUCCCCUACACAGACUCCCCUACACAGUCUCCCCUACACAGUCUCCCCUACACAGUCUCCCCUACACAGUCUCCCCUACACAGACUCCCCUACACAGUCUCCCCUACACAGACUCCCCUACACAGUCUCCCCUACACAGACUCCCCUACACAGUCUCCCCUACACAGUCUCCCCUACACAGUCUCCCCUACACAGUCUCCCCUACACAGACUCCCCUACACAGUCUCCCCUACACAGUCUCCCCUACACAGACUCCCCUACACAGUCUCCCCUACACAGUCUCCCCUACACAGACUCCCCUACACAGUCUCCCCUACACAGUCUCCCCUACACAGACUCCCCUACACAGUCUCCCCUACACAGUCUCCCCUACACAGACUCCCCUACACAGUCUCCCCUACACAGUCUCCCCUACACAGACUCCCCUACACAGUCUCCCCUACACAGUCUCCCCUACACAGACUCCCCUACACAGACUCCCCUACACAGUCUCCCAUACACAGUCUCCCCUACACAGUCUCCCCUACACAGACUCCCCUACACAGACUCCCCUACACAGUCUCCCCUACACAGUCUCCCCUACACAGUCUCCCCUACACAGUCUCCCCUACACAGACUCCCCUACAGUCUCCCCUACACAGUCUCCCCUACACAGACUCCCCUACAGUCUCCCCUACACAGUCUCCCCUACACAGUCUCCCCUACACAGUCUCCCCUACACAGUCUCCCCUACACAGACUCCCCUACACAGUCUCCCCUACACAGAUUCCCCUACACAGUCUCCCCUACACAGACUCCCCUACAGUCUCCCCUACACAGUCUCCCCUACACAGUCUCCCCUACACAGUCUCCCCUACACAGACUCCCCUACAGUCUCCCCUACACAGUCUCCCCUACACAGACUCCCCUACACAGUCUCCCCUACACAGUCUGUAAUCAUGUGUCACACCCACUGCAGAAUGUCCGGUACUGUGACAGCAACAGAACAGCCUUGGAGCAAGGCUACUGCAUUACCUCCAGGGAGUACCAUUAA